AGUCUUGUCUGCCAUCUUGGGGAGUAACCGGUUGAUUACAUCUUCAUGCGGGUUCGAAUUAAUUUGAAACUUGUGAUUUUUAAACCUAAACGCGUGCUGAAGAUAAGUAAUUUUUAUACGUAUAAAUAAUUUCGAACAGUAUUCCAAAAACAUGUGAUUUCAAAAUGACUUAUAUAAAAUCUUAUUUGAGUUUACUGAAAAAGUGAAUAUUGUUAGUUGUUGCUACAUGUACUAUUAGCAAUAAUCAAUUAAAUUGAAGAGUUCCUGUUUUGAUACCAAUAAAGUAAAUCAAGAUUGAAAUUUCAAUCAUAUUAUUGUAUAUAAUAUGUCGAUGUAAUUGUCUCAUAACCUAUAAGGGAGAUAAGAGAAAUCUUAAUUCAUAGAAAUCAUUGUUGAUAUAAAGAAUGAACGACAGUGUAAGACGUAAGUCACGGUCCAAGGAUCGUGGUAUUAAAACACCUAAAAAGAAAAAACUCCGGAAAUCAAGUACAUCAUCUACCAGUUCAAGUGACUCUGAUGUCUCUGUAAAAAGAAGAAAUGCAUGCAGCAAAGAUAAAAGAAAGAAAUCCAAACGUUCUAGUACUUCCUCCAGUAGUUCUAGUUCUCCUGACACUGCACAUGAUAGAUCAUCAAAGGAUAGAGGUACAAGAUCAAAGACGAAGGAAAAAUCAAAAGAGCGAACUAAUGGAACAGAUAUGAAGAGGACAUUUUCAGAUCGUAAACCAUAUGGAUGGCAGAAUCGAUACCAUGAUAAGUCAUACACAAGGAAUACAUAUUUUUCAAGAUACUCCCAAAAUUUUGAAAGGUCAAGAGGUAGAAAUCGCUGGAAUAGAAAUUAUAGAGAUCAAGAUCCAAGAGCUAGUAACAGGAGUAGAGACUAUUCAUAUAAAUCUAGCCAAACGAGAGAAAAUUAUAUUAAUGUUAGGAAAACACCAAAAGAUCCAACUGAUGAAAAUACAAAUGCAAUAUCAAAAAACGUGCAAGGAGGAUCUCUUACAAAUUCACAUCCUUGUUCUUCUAUAGACAAUGAUAUAAUUUCAAAGAAAUCAAAGAAACAAGGAAGAAGUCGUUCCUCUUCAACCUCAUCCAGCUCCAAUACAGACGUCAGUAGUAGCAGCAGCAGUAGUAGUAAUUCAAGUAGCAGUAGUAGUAGUACUUCAGAAGAUGAGAAACUGCGCAAAAAGCGAAAGAAGUUAGCAAAGAAACUAAAGAAAGCUAAGAAAAAGCGAAGGAAGAAGAAAGACAAGAUAAAAAAAUUAAAAAAGAAAAUGAAGCUUGCAGCCAAAGAGAAAAAGGCUAAAAACGUUAAAAAGGUUGUUACACAUUCUGAGGAUAGGCUAUUAAAGGACAUUCCACAUGAUAUUCCAGACCGUGCUAGAGCAAUGGCACCGAUGACUAAGGAAGAGUGGGAAAAAAGACAGAGUGUGGUACGACGAGUCUAUGAUGAGGAAACUGGCAGGCACAGACUAAUCAAAGGCGACGGUGAGGUCCUGGAGGAGAUCGUCAGCCGGGACAGGCACAAAGAAAUCAAUCGGCAAGCGACACGCGGCGAUGGCGAAUAUUUUCAGACUCAAUUGAAAAUGAAUAAAUAACCAUGUGAUUAAGCCGAUAAGCUUAUUUUCCUAUGUAAUAAAGUAAACAAAUAUGUUCUCAUAA